GGCAGGAUGCGAGGCAGCGCAGCCGUCCGCGACGCAGGGCAGUUCGACCGCGCGGUGUCCACCGAGGAUGUCGAGUCUAGCCUCUCCGACGCCGUCGAGGACACCUUCGGUGACGGCGCCGCCGCUGCCAGCCACCGCGGGUGCAUCCAGGCCAGCGUGGGGCAGGCCUGCCGGAAGCUGCCCAAGCACUCGGCAGGGAGGCUUGGGCCGCAGGCGACGCGCCACAGCAUGCGCCGCUGCUCUGCCAAGGAGCACGGCUGGCUCGCCAACGGCCUCGAGCACCACGGUAUGCAGAAGAACAUGUCAUGGGCGCACGAGGUCGACCUCCUCGCGCUCAUGGGGGAGCUCCUCGAGGCACGCCACGCCAGGCAUGCGCUGUCGCCCGGCGACGUCGUGGCGAGGGCCGCGACUCUGGAGAUGCUGCUCGUGAGCGAGUCGCUGGGCCUGCCCCAGACUGCGCACGCGCUGAACGAGUGCGCCGUGGCGGACAACAUCGACGCCCACGCUCUGCGCCAC